AUGGAAGGACACAGAUGGCGUUCGUUGGUGGGCACGCACGCUGAGCAUUGCCAGGCGAAACACCGCAUCGUGUUCGUCAAGACGCACAAAACCAGCAGCUCUACCGUCACCACCAUGCUACAGCGCUACGGCUACAAAAACAACCUCAACUUCGCCCUACCGACCAGAAGCCACGUCUUCUCCCAGUUUGUCAAGUUUCAAGCCUCACGUGUGUUUCAGUACGAUCUCCAGGACGCCAAGGGUGGCUUGGUAUGGCCAGCUUUGGGAGGCUUCCACAUUCUAGCGAACCACGCACGAUAUAAUCGAUCUGAACAGGAUGCCCUGAUUCCUAACGCCUUUUACUUCACCGUCAUCAGAGAGCCUGCUUCGCAGUUUGAAUCCGCCUUCAACUUCUACCGCAUGGACAGGUACAUGCCUACCAUGGCAGAUAUUUUCCAAAUAGAUCCGGACUUGUUUUCAUUUUCGAGCAAUUCAAAACCCAUUGGUUUCAUGCGGAACGGACAGAUGUUUGAUCUGGGGCUGGAACAGGAUUCUCAGGAUAACAUAUCCGUUGGUGAAAAAAUCAACUCACUAAGUCAUGAAAUGGACUUGGUCAUGAUUAAAGAAUACUUUGACGAGUCUUUGAUUCUUCUCAAGAAGAUGCUGUGCUGGGAUUUUGACGACAUCACCUACGUUUCACAACUCGUCAGGAAGUCCUCCGUUCGGAAAAACCUCUCUAUUGACCUAAUGGAGAAGAUCUACAAGUGGAACCACGCUGACGUGAAACUCUACCGGCAUUUCAACAGGACCCUGUGGGAGAAAAUCCACGCGUAUGGACCCGGCUUCUGGAAUGAUUUGGAGACAUUUCGGCAAAUAAACGCUGAAGUUACCAAACAAUGUCUCACCAAUGCGACCAUGAACUUUGCCCGGUUACACAAGACAAGUCAAUACACGCUUCCACAGAAUGCUAGUGAGAAGUGUCGAGAUUACUUCAGAUUGGAUCAAAGAUGGGUGCCCAUGCUAAGAGAUUACAUGGCUAGCAAGAGUAGUACUUUCAUGAAUAAUGAAAGCUCUUCGGCGACACCUUUUGGUUAAAAAAAAACAAUAGGACUUAACAACAUAAAUGAAUGAACACAACCUGCAUAUUAAAACUUCAUAUGCAAAAUAGACGCGCGUGCGCAUCGAUCGAGAAAAAGGGACGCGUUCAAGACCGACCGACAGACUGACA